AUGGGACCGUGGGCCUGGCGCCUCGACUUCCAGCGUGUCCACGUCUCCACUAUGAGCUCGUCGGCGUUCUUUGCGUAUGGUGCGCUGCUAACGCUCGCAUCAGGGACGGUAUACGUCGGUAGCCUUGCAUCGCUGCGCACGCCUGAGGCAACGAAAGCUCUGCGUAAGGAAAAGGGCUUGAAGGAGACGGAUGACGACGAAGAGGAGGUACAAGGCGUGUCCAGCGAGGGUGCAUGGAUGUUCCCCUUGCUGGGCAGUGCCGUGCUGCUGUCUCUGUUUUUGGCUUUCAAGUAUCUGGACAAGGAAAUGAUUAUCCUGAUCGUCAACAUCUACUUUGCGGUGGUGGGCUGCCUGGCUAUCCCCCCGGUGCUCCUCCAUCUGUGCAAGAUGGCCUUUGGAUCGCAUUCUCUCGACUGGUGCACCAAGCGAGCGCUCUCAUUCAAGGGCCAUGUCUCGUGGACGACGCCUUCGACCAAAAAGAAUCUGUAUGAUACGGUCAUCAAGCUGGACAGUGCUACGAUGGGCCUAUUUGUGGUGGUGGUCGUGCUGAUGGCCAUCUACAUGUAUACCAAGCACUGGGUACUUGCUAACAUCAUUGCCGUGUGCUUUGCUAUGCAGGGUCUUUCCCUGAUCCUGCUAGACUCGUUUCAGACGGGGCUUAUUCUUUUGGGCGGCCUGUUCUUGUACGAUAUCUUCUGGGUAUUCGGCAGUUCGAAGUUUGCCGGUCAGUCCGUCAUGGUCAGCGUCGCGACCAACUUUGACGGCCCGAUCAAAAUCCUGGCCCCACGAAACCUGCUGGAAGUGCUGAGCAGCGUCCAACAAAAAGGCUGGACAGCGGCCGAUGCAUUCCAGUUCUCGCUCCUUGGUCUCGGGGAUAUCGUGGUGCCUGGUGCCUUUGCCGCCUUGGCCCUGGCAUUCGACCAGCACCACGCGUCCACCAAGGCCCGCUCGCUUACUUUCAACCGCUUCUUCUACAAGUUCCCCAAACCCUAUUUCCAUGCGUGCAUGGUGGGCUACGUGCUGGGCCUCUUCACUACCAUGGUUGUCAUGCAUAUCUUCAAGACCGGUCAGCCCGCCCUCUUGUACCUCUCUCCGUCAUGCUCACUCUCUGUGCUUUUCGUCGCAUGGUACAGAGGCGAAUUGCUCGACAUGUGGUCGUGGGUCAGUCCGGCGUCACAGGGAGCGCCCAAGACUGCGCCCGACGACAAGAAACAGGCGUAA